AUGAGCGACUUCAAAUUCAAAGGCCAGAAGGUCGACAAGGAUCUCGUUGCAUCCAUUGCCAAACUGUUGGAUGCCAACGGCAUUCCCAAUGUCAUGUGGGGGCCUUACGUUUUGGCUUGCUACGGGGUGCCUCUUGUCCUCGACGACUUUGCCUUUGUUAUCCCGGACCAACACAUCGACAGAGCGCGCGACGUCCUUCUCGCAGCCAACUUCCCUCUCUGCCCCCAAGGGGACGACUGCCACCUCCUCCAGCCAAUUUGCACACUCCCGCAUUCCUACGCGCACUUCAUCCUCAAGGACGAGGCCCAACCACCCCGCGGCCACAACGGCCAAACAGGAUUUUCGCAUCCGUUUCGCUUGGAGCUCCACAAAAAGUCUCAGCUGCUGUGGACGUUGCCGGACAUCCCGCUAGGGGCGCCCGCCCCGGAUGAUCCCAACUACAUGCUAGUCACCGGUGAUCGGACCGACGUGUACGACACAAGAAUGCAGUCAGGACGGGUGCCCUAUACUCACUACCCCGUCAAAAUGCCCACGCUACCGCGCUACGCGGAGUCCUUGGCCUAUGGGUAUCUUCGCAACCAGAGACCUGAGGGCGAAGGGCACAGCCUUCAAGCAGGGUUUUUUCUCCAUGAAAUGACCUACAUCGGUCUGUACUGUAUUCUGGAUCGAGAUGACCUUGCGCCUCGCCUUCACCGUUUUUGGCGGCUUUGGAAUAACCCUCGCAGUUCUCAACCAUUGUUUCGUUAUAGCGCCAGACUGGCGGCGGAAUUGAGGAGCGCGAAUUUCUUCCCCCAGGAGGAGGAAGAAGGAGAGGCGCAGGAGAGCACAUGA